UGACGGCUGCCGGCUCACAGAGAUAGCAGUCAGCCGCCGCCGGGGCUGGGUCUGGCGUUGGUACUAGAAGUGGGGCUAGACGCGGAGAAGCUGAAACUGGGCCGGGGAGGAGCGCAGCGCCGCGCCGGGGCCGCCAAGAGGGGCGUGCUUCUGCUGGCCCACCCGCGAGUCGCCCCCAGCCCGUGCCGAAGCGUUCUCCCGCCAGGCCGCCUGCCUCCGCCUUCCUCCUCCCUCCAUUUACCCGGAAUCUCAGCCCGGCGCGUCUGCACCCCGACGCUUCUCUGGGUGGGGAAGCUCCCGGCUGCUUUCCGGCUUCACUUCUUCCUCGCAGCCUGAGCUCCCAGACCCCUCUCUUCUUUUCCUGGACCGGGUCCCAACCCCUCCUGUCCCCUUCCUUUAGCUCAGGCUCCCUUCCCCUUCCUUUAGCCGAGUGCUGGCUCUGCAGUCACUUUCCUUGGCUGAGGGUCUCAGACUUCCCUCCUCCUUGUCCUUGCCUAGGGUCCUACCCAUCCUUGUCCCUUUCUCUGUCCUAGGGUGCAGUCUCUUCCUCUCUCCUUUUCCUGGCCUGGAGUUCCAGACCUUUUCCUCUCCUGGAGUCCUUCCUGGGUCCUUGUCUUUCUUCCCCAAUUUGGAGUUCUAGAUCGAGAACCCAGCUUCUCUCCACCUCCGGGGGACUGCUUCCACAAAAAGACCUCUCUCAAACAUGAACGUUUCCUAGAAGCUGCCCCAGUCUCUCUUCCCAUCUGCUGACCCCUUGCUACCUAUGUCCCAGGUCUUACUCUCACUUUGCUAAGGGUCAAGGCCUACAGGACGAAGGAGGUGGCAGGAUGCUUUCGUGGUCUGGCAUCUGUGGCCUCUCUCCACCUCGAAUCUUCCCUUCGUUGCUCAUAGGGGUAGCCUUGGUGGGGCUGCUGCCUGUUCUCAGGAGCCAUGGCCUCCAGUCCAGCCCUACUGCCAGCACCAUCCGAGGCUCAGAGCCACCACGGGAACGCUCUAUUGGAGAUGUCACCACCGCCCCACCGGAGCUCGUCCCCGACAGCCGCCCUGUCAACCAUUCUGUCACUGAACACAGCAUGAAGGCUCGAAAGGCCUUUCCAGUCCUGGGCAUCGACUACACACAUGUGCGCAUACCCUUCGAGAUCUCCCUCUGGAUCCUGCUGGCCUGCCUCAUGAAGAUAGGUUUCCAUGUGAUCCCCACUAUCUCGAGCAUCGUCCCGGAGAGCUGCCUGCUGAUUGUGGUGGGGCUGCUAGUAGGGGGCCUGAUCAAGGGUGUGGGCGAGACACCCCCCUUCCUGCAGUCAAAAGUCUUCUUCCUCUUCCUGCUGCCGCCAAUCAUCCUGGACGCAGGCUACUUCCUGCCGCUGCGGCAGUUCACAGAGAACCUGGGCACCAUCCUUAUCUUCGCCGUGGUGGGCACACUAUGGAAUGCCUUUUUCCUGGGUGGCCUCAUGUAUGCUGUGUGUCUGGUGGGCGGCGAGCAGAUCAACAACAUUGGCCUUCUGGACAACCUGCUCUUCGGCAGCAUCAUCUCAGCCGUGGACCCUGUGGCCGUGCUGGCUGUCUUCGAGGAAAUUCACAUCAACGAGCUGCUACACAUCCUCGUCUUCGGGGAGUCCCUGCUCAAUGACGCUGUCACUGUGGUCCUGUAUCACCUCUUUGAGGAGUUUGCCAACUACGACCGCGUGGGCAUCGUAGACAUCGUCCUCGGCUUCUUGAGCUUCUUCGUGGUGUCCCUGGGAGGAGUCUUUGUGGGCGUGGUCUACGGGGUCAUCGCCGCCUUCACCUCGCGAUUCACCUCCCACAUCCGCGUCAUCGAGCCGCUCUUCGUCUUCCUCUACAGCUACAUGGCCUACCUGUCUGCCGAGCUCUUCCACCUUUCAGGCAUCAUGGCACUCAUUGCCUCGGGAGUGGUGAUGCGCCCCUACGUGGAGGCUAACAUCUCUCAUAAGUCCCACACGACCAUCAAGUAUUUCCUGAAGAUGUGGAGCAGCGUCAGUGAGACCCUCAUCUUCAUCUUCCUUGGUGUCUCCACCGUGGCUGGCUCCCACCACUGGAACUGGACCUUUGUCAUCAGCACCCUGCUCUUUUGCCUCAUCGCUCGCGUGCUGGGCGUGCUGGGCCUGACCUGGUUCAUCAACAAGUUUCGCAUCGUGAAGCUGACCCCCAAGGACCAGUUCAUCAUUGCCUAUGGGGGCCUGCGAGGGGCCAUCGCCUUCUCCUUGGGCUACCUCCUGGACAAGAAGCACUUCCCCAUGUGUGACCUGUUCCUCACUGCCAUCAUCACCGUCAUCUUCUUCACCGUCUUUGUGCAGGGCAUGACCAUUCGGCCCCUGGUCGACCUGUUGGCUGUGAAGAAAAAGCAAGAAACAAAGCGCUCCAUCAACGAGGAGAUCCACACACAGUUCCUGGACCACCUUCUGACAGGCAUCGAGGACAUCUGUGGCCACUACGGCCACCACCACUGGAAGGACAAGCUCAACCGCUUUAAUAAGAAGUACGUGAAGAAGUGUCUGAUAGCCGGCGAGCGCUCCAAGGAGCCCCAGCUCAUCGCUUUCUACCACAAGAUGGAGAUGAAGCAGGCUAUCGAGCUGGUGGAAAGUGGCGGCAUGGGCAAGAUCCCCUCAGCUGUCUCGACUGUUUCCAUGCAGAACAUUCACCCCAAGUCCCUGCCUGCUGAGCGCAUCCUACCAGCACUCUCCAAGGACAAGGAAGAGGAGAUCCGCAAAAUCCUGAGGAACAACCUGCAGAAGACCAGGCAGCGGCUGCGAUCUUACAACAGGCACACGCUGGUGGCGGACCCCUACGAGGAGGCCUGGAACCAGAUGCUCCUCCGCAGACAGAAGGCCCGGCAGCUGGAGCAGAAGAUCAACAACUACCUGACGGUGCCAGCCCACAAGCUGGACUCACCCACCAUGUCUCGGGCCCGCAUUGGCUCAGACCCGCUGGCCUAUGAGCCGAAAGCCGACUUGCCUGUUAUCACCAUCGACCCAGCCUCCCCACAGUCGCCUGAGUCUGUGGACCUGGUGAAUGAGGAGCUGAAGGGCAAGGUCCUGGGGCUGAACCGGGACCCCAGGGUGGCCGAGGAGGACGAGGACGAUGACGGGGGCAUUGUGAUACGGACCAAAGAGCCCUCUUCCCCAGGCACUGACGAUGUCUUCACCCCUGGGCCAAGUGACAGCCCCAGCUCCCAGAGGAUACAGCGCUGCCUCAGUGACCCAGGCCCCCACCCUGAGCCUGGGGAGGGAGAGCCUUUCAUCCCCAAGGGGCAGUAGCACCAGGGCCAGUGGGCAGUACCUGUCCCACCACAGACUCUUCCCACCAGAGCAGGAGCUGCUGGGAGCUGGGGGCUCCCCUCGUCCUUCCUGACCUGGAUUGCCCCUCCCCCCACUGCAUGGCAGCUGGGCCACAGCCCCACCACAGCACGGCUCUCCCUGCCUCCUGGGAAGCGCCCUCCCGCCCACCAGAACUGCCUCACGAUCCACUGGGCAGAACUGCUGGGCCACGAGGCAGACCCUGCCUCUUCCUGUCCGGACUCUCUCCCGUAUCCAGCGGAGGGGACCUUGGAGGCUCCCCUCCUCCUCUGUCACCCUCCUCAUUCAAACCAAUGUUAGUUUCGCACCAAAGACCCUGUGGCUCAGCCUUGAUCCUACCUGGGAAGGAAAGGAGCCGAGUCCUCUCUUGGCCUAGGCCAGGCCCUCCCUGAACAGGGAGAGACUAGGGGCAGCAGGCAUCUGACUGGGGGAGGGAUUGGUGACCCGUGGCGGUCCCACCCUCCUGCCAGCUCUGUCGCCCUGGCCAGCUGCCUUGACUUGUCCUUCCUUAGAGCUGCAGGCUGAGGGCAUCUCUGAGCUUCUCUGUCUGGAGCUGGGGCACUUUGGACAGUGAUGUGACUCAGCUUUCUAAACUACUCCCAGCGGGGACCACUGGGCCCUCCAGGGGCUGCUGUCAGGGUAGGGACCGUCAGGAGCUCCAGAAAGUCUGCCUUUUUAUCUGUUUUGUUUGUUCACACUUCCAUGUAUGAUCUAUUUGCACAGAGGCCACUCCUGUUUUUAAAACAUUUUGAAAAUCCCUGGCUGAAUGAAGCUCAGGCCCUCCUCCAGAGAAUUAACCUCUUCAUUGGGGCCUGUCUGCCCAACACUCUCCCCCAAAUCAGUUGUCUGCUUCCUGGGCUCAUAACUGUAGCCCCAAGGGUCUGAUUUCAGAAGUGACCCCCCAACCUUAAUCACGAUUCUUUCUAACUCACAGAUGCUGGGCCUCCUGGUCUUUGCUCUUGGGCC